CAAGAAUUUUCUUUUCUGACUAUUUACAGUCAGUGUUCUGGUUAGUCCUCCCAAAGCCCUCACCCUCCAUUUAGAGAAAAGUCUCAAAGUAGCUGAAUCACAAAAAUGUCCGUAUUAAAACCUUCCAUAUGGACGACGAUUGGGUUGUCAACUUUAGUUGGCCUAUACAUGUUGUUUCAUGGCAAUGGAGAAGCAUUUGAUGUAGGAAGUUUUCUUCUUCAGAUUAGCCCCUACACCUGGGGCUUGCUAGGCAUUGCCAGCUGUGUUGCUUUUGGUAUUAUUGGUGCAGCCUGGGGUAUUUUUAUUUGUGGAAGCUCUAUUUUGGGUGGUGCCGUUAAAGCGCCCCGAAUUAAAACCAAAAACUUGAUUAGUAUCAUUUUCUGUGAAGUGGUAGCCAUUUAUUCUCUGAUUAUAGCCAUUGUCUUUUCUGGAAAGUUAAAUGCUGUUAGUGCUUCUCAUCUUUAUAGCAAAUCCAAUUAUUACACUGGUUUUGCAAUCUUUUGGGGAGGACUCACCGUCGGUCUUUGCAAUCUAAUAUGUGGCAUUUGCGUUGGUAUUACUGGCAGUAGUGCUGCCCUUGCUGAUGCGCAAGAUGCGUCUUUGUUUGUGAAAGUAUUGGUUGUCGAAAUCUUUGGGAGUGUUCUGGGUUUGUUUGGCUUAAUCGUGGGUUUGUUAGUAGGCGGAAAAGCUCUCGACUUUGCUUGAUUUUUGAUACGUUUACUAAAAAUCCUUUCUUAUUCUUUACAAUGGGAUUUAUCCUCAGAAUUCCCGUUCCGUCGUCCCUUUUUGCUUCCUUUCUCUGAUGAUCUUUCUUUCAACAAUAAUCCAUAAAAGUAACUCGAGAAAAUUACUUUAUUUCAACUAAAUCCUUAUUUUUACGAUUAUACUUUUCGUUCAUCACGUACUUAUGGUGUAUAUGCUGAACGGACGCAAAUCUAAUAUAAUAGAGGAAGUUCUAUAAUUGUUAAAGAUUAAUGAACCUAAUCUUAUUACGCUUCUUGAAAUGCCUUCAGUUAACUCUAUAGGGCCUGCCCUAUUAAAUAAAUUUAUUAAAUAUCAAGUCCAGUCUAGCAAAAGAAAGUGGUUG